CCAAUUUAACAAAAGUUGUCAAAAUAACACAUUAUAGCUACAUGUAAAAAAUGAGUAAUGUCACUUAAGGUGGUGAAAGAUGACACUUACUUAAAGCGUGCUAUAAGUAUUAUAUUUGUCCAAACAUUUAAUAACUACCCUUUCACUCUCAACUCAAUCACCAGCAAAACCCAAAAAUCUAUGGCACAAUUGUUGAGCCUAAGAGUUUCAACCCCAUCAUCACCACCCCGCCACCCCACCACCACCGCAUCUUUAACAAGGCCUGCCGUCCUUACUACAAGAAACAGCUUCACUUAUUUACAACACAAACUCCAAUGCAAUGGCAGAUUUUCUUGCCUCUUCUCUCAUAAUCGUAACAAACAGGACGAGGCUAGAAAAGCUUUAGAAAGUGCUUUGGGAGGAAAGAAAAAUGAGUUCGAGAAAUGGGAUAAAGAAAUUAAACGAAGGGAGGAAGCCGGCGGAGGAGACAAUUCAGGCGGAGGCGGUUGGUUUAAUUGGCGUAGAUGGUUUGGUGGCGACGAUGGCCAUUUUUGGCAGGAAGCUCAACAAGCAACCCUUGCUAUUUUGGGUAUUCUUGUCAUGUACUUGAUAGUUGCAAAAGGAGAUGUUAUACUUGCUGUCAUAUUCAACCCUCUGCUGUUCACUCUACGCGGAGCGAGGAACGGUUUUACCUUUGUAACAUCGAAGAUUACGAGAAAGCUAUAUCCUGCUAGCCAAGACAGCUUUGGUACCAUUUCUCCGGAGGAAGUUCCUUCUCGCGCUUCUGCCAAAGACAGCGUCGCAAGAAAAUGGGGAAGCGAUUAAUCGCUCGUCGCUAGCAAAUAUUUUUCUUCACCUUGUAUUCUAAUGUUGUUAGUGUUUUUGGUUAGCUUGCUUUUCAUUUUGAGAGAUCAUUAGGGAGUUCUUGGCUAUGUAUUAGGUGAAAAUUAUUGUUUCAUAAGCUUCAUGUUGAUUUGAUGUUUAACAUUUGAAAUGGAAAUAUGCAAAGUUUUGUUA